CUUAAGCUCACGCGUACAGUACCCCGCCAUCUGCUGUGAGUUCAGCGCAUCAGAUCAGCGCAUCAGUUUACCUUUGGCCACUGGAAAUACAGUACAGUCCACUAAAUCGCUACCUCACUAAAUCACCGACCAUCACGGGGCACCCAUCGUGAUCAUGAUCACACUCCGUGUCAUCGAAAUCUCAUGCACAUUCUCCCUCUCCCUCUCCUCUCCAGCUCUGACCUCCUCGGGUCGCAUCACAAUCCACGCCACAACUAUGUAACCCUGGUCCUUGAGCCUCCUUUGCUAGCGGCCGUCUAACUUGUCCCGUCGACCCCUAAGUUAGCCAAGUCGUGGCAAAUUCACAAAGACCAAAACAAGCAGCAUCAACAACAACAAGUGACGCCUUAUCACGUGCAUUUCCACCACGUCCACGGCUUCUCCCUCUCCCUCUCCCUCUCCCAGACCGCAUGUCAUACAAAAGCCUCGUCUAGCCCACCCUGUCCGAGUCCAAAUCCGUGGGGAUCACCCAUUCGACAUGGCUGCUUGCGCUUGCUGGUCGCGCCCUCAAUCUGCCGUCCUCAAUUGGACGUGACCGCUUAGUAGGGGUCGCAUCGCAUGCCUGCCGACGUGUCUUGCAUGACAUGCCCCUAUUGGCCAGCCCAAAUCUCACUCUAGCGGGUGCACUACCGACUUGACUCUCUGUCGCUCCGCUCACGCACAGAUAUCACACUGUCAUGUCCAUGCUCGAUCUGAAUUGUGCCGAGAUGACUGAGGCGCUGCAUGUCUUAGAUCAUUCUCCGGAAAAGGCUGAGCGCAUUUGUAUCAAGUUUAAUAACUAUUGCCCACAGACCACCCAAGGAGGCGCCCCAAAAUUCUGCUGCGUAAUGUUUCACCAACUUGAGUGCAACUUCAUGGUUUACAAUCAUCCUCUUUAUACCCGAUGGCCUAUUUCUCAAGCACCAGAGAAUGCUUAGAUGAAGAGGAACCUAUGUAAAACACUUAAGAACGCCCAGGACAUGCACCUUUAAUAAGAUUUACCAGUAAUAUGGGGAUAACUACU